AUGGGUUCCGUCGGUGGACCCAAGUGGGGAGUCGGCAAGGUGCGACCGGAGCAGGGGCUGCUGGCGCUGCGCAAGGAGCUCGAUCUGUAUGCCAACAUCCGCCCAUGCCUGUUUCCCUCCGAGUCGCUGCUCUCGCACUCUCCGCUCAAGCCCGAGGUGGCGCAGGGAGUGUCGUUUAUCGUCGUUCGAGAGCUUGUCAAGGGGCUGUACUUUGGUGAGCGUCAGGAGGCGGAUCUGGACGACCCGAACUCGGACGGGGCGGCGUUCGACACGAUGGUGUACAACAAGCACGAUGUCGAGCGCAUCACCAAGCUGGCGGCGCACCUUGCGCUGCAGUCCAACCCGCCUGCGCCGUUGCACUCGAUCGACAAGGCCAAUGUGCUGGCCACGUCGCGCCUGUGGCGCCGCGUGGUGCAGUCUACUGUCGACACGCAAUUCGCCAGCCAGGGCAUCAGCGUUGACCACCAGCUCGUCGACUCGGCUUCGAUGGUCAUGGUCUCGAACCCGCGCAAGCUCAACGGCAUUGUGCUGACGGAAAACAUGUUUGGCGAUAUCCUCUCGGACGAGUCGUCCGUGAUCCCUGGUGCGCUUGGCCUGCUUCCCUCGGCCUCGCUUUCCGGCCUGCCCGACGGCAACGGCAAGUGCAACGGCCUCUACGAACCCAUCCACGGCUCGGCCCCUGACAUUGCUGGCAAGGGCAUCGCCAACCCCGUCGGCACCAUCCUCUCUGCCGCCAUGCUCCUCCGGUACUCGCUCAACCAACCCCUCCUCGCAGACAAGGUCGAACAGGCAGUCAGGAAGGUCCUCGACGCAAAGAACAUCGGCGGCCUCGAACUCAGGACCGCCGACUUGGGCGGCAACCACGGCUCCAAAGACGUCGGCGACCACGUCCUCUCCGUCCUCGAGAACCUCCUUUAA